AUGUCGAACGUAUCUCUCUGCAUUCUCCUCUCGCUAUCAAUCGUAAGUGUGUCUUCUUACGGGCUUUUUAAUAAUGACACAUCAAAGGAGAGGCUUACCUUCAAAAGCGUAGUCAGUGCAAUGGUGAAAAUUCUAGACAACUGUCUCCCAGAAGAACCCCAACUAACUUUACUGCUAGGCGGAGAUUACAAUGAAUUUCUUAGACGAGCAUGGUUCACUUGGAUACCGGUAGCUUUAAUAGGGGAAACGAAUCCACGAUUCAACGCCCUCGAAAAAUUCGCCCUGACAAGAUACUCCUUCAAAAUGUACCUUCAAUAUCAUUUCAUACAUUUCCUUCGGAAAUCGCACCGCUUCGUGUUAGUGGCGUCCUCCCAACCAAUGCUACGAUCUAUUUUGCAGAGAACGAAAGAUUCGCCGUGGGCGAAUUCGGAUGGAUUUUAUAUUGUAGUCGAUAAGGAGACCGAGACUCGAGGCUGCAUAAACGCUCGCUCAUUUCUCUGGGCGGCUUGGGAAUACGACUUGCUGUCCGUCAUAUUUCCGUGCAUCGAUCCGAACGAUGGAAUUGUCUAUUACACAUAUAAUCCGUAUUCUAAUAGUACGCCAGCCGAUUGGGACGAAGUGGACCGCGCCAACGGACGAGAGGGCCAUCCUUGGAUAAUAUUGAGAAGAAAAUAUGAAAAGGACAAAGUGUGCAAAAAUCUAGAUUUCGAUAAAGUGACCACUUUGGAUGGCUACGAGAUCCGAUUGAACGCCGUCGAAAUGGAACCGUUUAUAAAAAUCAAUUUGAGCGCACCGGGUCGGGAGAAAUUUCGCGGCGAUAAUAGCGAAAUCAUCCAUGUACUUUUGACAAAACUAAGAGCGAAUCUUAGAAUUUAUAUUUUCGAUGGCAGUAUCUACGGGCUCGGCGGCAUAGGACCGAAUGGCACUAUGGAGGGCUUGAUGGCUCCUCUGAGCGACGGCAAAAUAGACAUUGGCAUGAACGUGAGAACUUUGCUUGUAUUGUGGAAGAUCAGGCACACAUAUCCCCAUACGAGAUCGGGCCUGUGUGUGAUAGCGCAGCCGCGCCCAGAAGUCUCGCAGUUCCACAAGCUGAUAAAGUUUUUGUCGCCAGAAGUGAUAGUGGGCAUAGUCAUAAUGUGUCUCCUGGCUUACGUAAUAUUUGUGAAAAAGCAGGGAUACAUGAAAGCCACUUUACAGGUCAUAAGGCUUAUUAUCUGCGUAGGAAUUUUACACCCACCCAAAAUUAGUUCCACCAGGAUCUUCAUAUGCAUGAUGUUGAUUCUGUUCCUCAACAUAAACGCUCUGUUCCAAAGCCACUUGUCGGCCUUGCUUACCGUACCGGUUUAUUAUCGCGACAUCGACACCAUAGAAAGUCUUAAGUCAUCCGGAUACACUAUAUACGGGCCGCAUCAGCUGAAAUUCAUGCUAAACGAUCCAGUAUUGGAGUCGCGCUACGUGGCGGUCACGUAUGAAGAGUGCAAGGAAUUCGUUGAGAAUUCGACGAACGCUGCGUGCUUGGGGGACUGCCACCAUUUGUACUACAGGAUCAAGGGUCAAGACCUUAUCAGAUCGAAGACACUGAUCGAAUUGACGCAAUCGUAUGUCACCCGCGAAGAUUGGCCCUUAUACAAACGGGUGGACGACAUUAUUCAACAGAUGAUGCAGGCCGGCUUGAUCCUCAAAUCGCGAACCGAUUUUCUCCAGGAGAUACGGCGCGAGAGAUAUAGAAACGCCGAAAAGAAGAAAGGCUUCAAGGUGAUGGUGCUGAAGCAGCUUACGUUCAGCUUUUACUUUCUCAUAGCAGGAUACAUUUGCGCCACUAUAGUCUUCAUAUUAGAAUUGACAGAUUUACUUGACGCCUUUCUUUCAUAG